UGUACGCCGGUGACAGGCACUCUGCUCUCCGGAUUGUGUUUUCUUCACUUGUUUGGAUGAACACCAUGAUAAAAGGAGAAGAUUCAGAGGAAGUAGAGAUUGACUUGGAGGACUCUAGUGACCCUGAUGAAUUUGAUAAUGGUGAGGAACCUGAAACUCUCUGGAGGGCCCAUCCUUCUCUGGAAGAAGAGGAAGACGUUCACACGUCCACAAUGGUCGAGAUCAGUGAUACCAAGCCUCUGAUAAAUGUCCGGGACCCCCGCGGUAUCAAUGACUGUCUCAAGGUGACGUUUGAGGAUGUGAUUGCUGAGCCGGUGUCACUGCGCAGUGGGGACAGAGUGUGGAUCUGGAGUCAUGCCCUGUUUGAGGUGUCGAGGGUUUGGAUCUACAGGGUCCUGACAGUUCUUUUGGCCAUUCCCAUUUCAAUUAUCUCUGGUCUCCUCUUUGCCAUCCUCAGCUGCCUCCACAUCUGGAUUGUCGGUCCUUGUAGCCACUGUGUCCUCAUCGGGGCACACUGGCUGCAGAGCCUCUGGAGCAUUGUGCUGGGCAUCGUUGUGCGGCCCUUCUUCACGAGUGCUGGGAGAUGCUGUGGAGGCUUCAGCGUUCACCUGGCCAAAGAAUGAGACUGGCACAUCCAGACUGGGAUUGUUCAUGAUGUACACUGGUAUUCUAAUGGACGGAGCCAAAGUGGGCAUUGAUAUCUGAUUCUUUAAUAUGUACUGCAAGACAAUAUUUUUUACAUGUUUUCCACAGUUAAGGUGCCUUUGGUCAAGUCCAACAGCAUCUUAUGGACCGCUUGAAUGAUUAUAGACAGCUUGUGACAUGUUCAAACAAUAGUUUAGUCACAGUGAAACAGGGUGAUGUUAUUCUAUGUUGUAUCUUCAUAGUUUGAAAUCAGGUCUGAGAAACCCCAAAAAAGGAUCAGAGUUCUUACUAUCUGAGAUCAACAUAAGAAAAUGGAAUCUGUUAAAUAACUCUUGUUACAGUGAUUGACUUAAGGAACACAACAUUAUGACAGUGAACAUGGAUAUUUGUUUUCUCUUACACUGACACCUGAUAGUGGAGUUAUGGCUUUGUGAUAUGUUUUGCAUUUGAAAUAAUUUCAGCAGUUUGUCAUACAAAUGGAUUGGGGCUGCGUUUAUAUUUUGUAAAAUGUUUAAGAGUUCAAGCUUUAGUUCAAAACCACUAGAAUUACAUUUUAAUCAUAGAAGUUACUUAUGUAAGCUUCAAAGCAAACACUCUUCCUAAGUUUAUGACUUUAUAUGGUAACAUUUGAGUGUUUGGGACUUUGUGGAUGGAAAUUAAACAUCCUGUAUGAUUA